AUGGCCGCGUCGGAGUUGCGGGACGCCCAGCGUCGCACCGAAUCGGAGUUGGAGGAGUCCAGGACGGACACCUCGGAGCUCCGGAACGCCCAGGAUCGCGCAGAGAUGGAGUUGGAGGCGUCCAAGACGGCGGCCUCGGAGCUGCGUGAGGCUCUCGUGCGCGCGGAGGCGGAGAUGGACUCCCAGAGGCGCGCCGAGGCGGAGCACGUGGAGUCGAACGCGGUGCCGUUCGACCACCCAGUGUUCGGACAGUUGGGGGCGGCGCGGACGGAGCUCGCAGAGGCUUUGGCGCGGGCGCAUGCUUUGGGUGGGCUGGAGCUUGCAAACGGCUGGCUCCUCGCGGAGAGCCGCGCGCAGCGGGGCGUCAUCGCACGGUGGCGGAUCGAACGCGUCAGCUGA